AAUAUGUCUUGGACAUUUGCGUGCACAUACAUGAUGGUAAUCUUGCAGGGUUCUAGCUUGGGGCAAUUUUUCAAUCAGUAUCUUGCACCAAUUAAGCUGAAUGAUGUCCAGGUUGACUGGAAGUCAAUGGAUUUGAGCUACCUCAUGGAGGAAAAAUAUCUGAACCAUUUUGCUGAAAUGGUUAAAAAAGCUGAACUGAUACAUGGAGCCGAUGUUGCUCUGAAAGCAAAUAAUAUGAGCGGUGAUGUGUGUAUUCAGUAUAGAGAUCAGCUACAUUUUGAAGAGAUUGCACGCCAGUUUGGCAUAUUUGAAGAAUGGAAGGAUGGUGUUCCAAGGACGGCAUAUAAGGGGGUCGUGGUUUUCCGCUACCAAACCUCAAGGCGUGUAUUCCUUGUUGGUCCCAAUUCUUUUCAACUGCUUGGGUUAUAGAGCAUGAUUAACUGAUAUCAAGUACAAGGUUUGGUUGCUUGGUAAGCUCUCUUUAUUACCCUUUUUCCCUUUUAAAAAUUUAACUGCUUGUGAAAUGGACAAGUAUAACCUUUUUCCUUAUUCAACAAUAUAACUGGCAUGCAUGCCUUUAAGAAGUCUCCUCACAGUAUUUGUCAUUUCAUACUCAGUAUUCUGGGAAACUGUGACAACCCCCCCCCAUUUGCAUUUAGGUUGGGUUCUACUACUAUGUGUAAUACAUAUGUUUAUCUGUCAUAACUGAGCUCUGCUACUCCGUAUAUUUUCUGUUGUUGG